AGCAGCCGCAGAGCAGCCGCUUCGCUCCGGACGACGUCGCCGCUGGGGCCGCGGAGAGCCUUCGGAGGCGUUUUGGGAGAGGAGACGCGACGCAUCCAGCCGAGCCAUGAAGUUCCAGUACAAGGAGGACCACCCGUUCGAGUACCGGAAAAAAGAAGGGGAGAAAAUCCGGAAGAAAUACCCGGACCGGGUGCCUGUUAUUGUGGAGAAGGCGCCCAAAGCCAGAGUACCUGAUCUGGACAAGAGGAAGUACCUUGUCCCAUCUGAUCUCACAGUUGGCCAGUUCUACUUCUUGAUCCGAAAGCGAAUCCACUUAAGGCCAGAGGACGCCCUUUUCUUCUUCGUCAACAAUACCAUUCCUCCCACCAGUGCUACUAUGGGCCAGUUGUAUGAGGAUAAUCAUGAGGAAGAUUAUUUUCUCUAUGUGGCUUACAGCGAUGAAAGUGUGUAUGGAAAGUGAACUCCUGAGUUGCUGGCCUCACAGGUGUGAUGGACUGAAAGGACUGUUGGGAGAGGAAUUUUGUGUCAGACAGAAGCAAGAAGAGGGAGAAAGAACGGGACAACAAACUACAUAUUUCAUGCCCUCAUUUCUUGCACCUUUAUUAUUCAUUACUGCUAUUGUUUUAUUUAACCAUGAGGGGAAGGAUGGUUGGUGCUUUUUGCCAAGUUCCCUCGCCUUCUGUUUGGCUAACUGGCACUCCCAUGAGUGCCCAGUGAAGGGAGAGGAAGAAGCUGUGAUGAUAUUUUCUCUGCUCUUCCCUGCUAGGGAAUUAAUGGCAAGACCUCCAGCCCCAAUUGGGCCUCCAAUCAAUAACUAAUUUUUAACUUACCUAGCUUUUAAGGCAGUAGACCUCCCUCCCCCAGCACCCCAUGCACGAAGAAGGCAUAAUAUAAAUUCCUGUUUUCAGAAACCAUUUCUGCCCCUUCUCACCUUGGCCCCAGGGCCAUGUGUGUGACACUCCUCCAUCUGUAGCAUCUUUUAUCCAGUUAAUAUACUCCAGUAGCAACCUGAUAGUCACUUGUCAACAGAACCAUGUGGAUGCUACUCAGUGUGAGGGAAACUGCACAGUAGCUUCCCAAGUGGUUCAGCCAAUUCUUGCAAUGACCACACGGCCCUUUUCGAGGUAUGACCUGUGAAUUGGCCAUCCAGCAUAACGAUACGUUCUCACCAACUGCAUGCGUGUUUUCUGAUGUUAUGUGUCCUUGCUUUAGCCCUCAAAGGCGGUUCCCCUCUAGGUCACCAUCACUCUACUGAAAUCUGUGCUAUGUUUCCUUUUUUGCUAUCAGUACAACAUGGGAUGGGUUGGGGGGAACUUGGAGUUAACUUUCAAUCUUGCGGCCCCUUGUGUAAAAUGAUAUUUUUAUGGAGUCUGUAGUCUUGAAAGGUGGUGAAGAAAUGCAUUAAAUAAACAUAUUGUUAUGCUGCAAAGCCAAAGCAUAUUUUUUAAUGCCGCAGAUAAUGGAAUUCCGUUUUGACAUUAGUUCUAAAUCAAGGAGUUCUGGUGCAAUUCAGGACAUGUUAUGUUGAGGCGUAUAUUGAUUUAAUUAUUGUAAUAGAUUUCCUAGUUUUGUAGCAACUUUGGGGCUAAAUCUAAGAAGGGUGGGAAGUACAUAAUAUGAACUCAUUAGAAAAGGUAGGCGCUGGGGGGCGGGGGAGGCAAACGUUUGCCUCGGGGAUCUUGAACUCUUGAGUAAUGGCUAUGGUUUAGGUGUGUCUAUGGAGUUAUGGAAAUGGACAACAUGUUAGUCUCUGCUUCUCUGUUUGAAUUCCUCUGUGUAUAGCUUGGAAACGUCAUUCCUCUAAUAAGAGCUUGAGAUAGCAAGGGGUGCAAUGCUUCAUGAUGUGAUAUCAGAAGAGCCCAGGAUAGAAAGGGAAGUUUUAAAAAUGAAGGUGAGGGAGAAUUGCAGAGCUGAGGGGGUCUUCUUGAUGCCAAUAAGCAGAGGUGUGCCAGUAGUGAAUGACUGGGAUAAGCAACAAUAAUAACCAGGCAAUGAAAGACGAGAAAGGAAGGCUGGGCUAUUUUUCUGUCUAGGUCCAGGCUAGAUAUACCUUGUUUGGCGCAGGGUACUAAAUUCCUUCCACUGCAAAUUCCAGUUUACGCUGCUUCGGUUUGCUCAGCCUUCUCUAUCUUUGAGGCUGUCAUUAAAAGUCAUGUUUCAAAUUCUUUCCACUCAGGCAAGUCCAGUACCUCCCAUGUGAGCUUCAGUGCUCACCUGUAUAUUCUUUCACUCGCCCAAGCACAGGGGGAGAUGCGAUGAGGAAAGAGAACUGGAGUUACCCUCAUGCUGCUGCUGGUCUUCAAGCAAUGUUAAUGGGAUUUCAACAUACCUGUUUGUGCAUUUGAAUGAUUAUGUUUAAAAGUUUUACUUUAACUGGAAUGUGGCAAUUACUUCUCAUUUUUGUUCUGUUCCUGUUUGUAGAAGGCAGUGUUGAUUAUUCUUUGUGUCAUUAAUUACAUCCAGCUUCAGAUUCUUGUAAGAUAAAAAAAAACUUCAUGUUACAUAAGCUCAAUCAAUAAACACACACUUGAAAAUCCGA